UUACACGUCCAAUAUGGCGGACGGAGCCAUAUCUGUAAACUUAGCCAACGUGUUCAAUCCAUUUUGAUCUAGAGAAAGCGAUCAUGGUUGUUCCAGCCAACCAAAUGGAGUAUGAGACAGCGCAAAAUAUUGCUUCAAAAUACAUCGAACUUUGUUCAACAAAGGGACUGACAAAAUGGCUAAAGGUUUUCGCUACUUCUGAACGACUUCUUUGCGAGUCUUCACAGAAAAUGAAGGUGAUUUUGGCCGAACAGCUGUGGAAGGAUGCUCAAGUUUUAGAUUUGAGGAGUUCUGCUGAUGGAUCAAACAAUCACUUUGGCUGUUUAGAGGCUUUUGCGAAAAUGACCUGCAAAACGUACAUCGAGAAUGUUGACAAUCUCAAGCUUUUCCAGCGAAUUCAAAAGAUUAUGAAAUUGAUCCAGGAGUUUGACUGUGUUCUUUUGAGGUCAUUUCUGUCAUCUGAGGUUUUGCAUCUUAUUUCUCCUGGACAUCCCCAAACAGAUGGCUCAUCUUUAAAAAGUGUCUCUACUAUAAUACAGAACUGCUCGAUUGGGAGAGACUGUAUUAAACUAAACCUGGACAAGCUCCUUCAUACCGUUUUGUUUUAUUGUGAAAAUAUGAUGAAAAAGCUCCUGUUAUCAAAAAGCAGUGGCUUGGAUGAUGAGCAUAUCAAAGUUAUAAUCAAGUCACUUUUGCACAUGCCUCAGUUUUUUCCUGAGAAAGUUACACCAAUACUGCUUAAUAGCAACUGUUGUGGAAACAACAGAGAAAAUCUCAGCAAAGCAUUCAAGUUCCUUUUCUUUAUUCUCUAUUCUGAGGAAGUGUCAAAGGAGUGCAUACUUCUGAGUGGCAAAACCUUGACCCUCUAUCUGAACCUCUUUCCUGAUUCAUCUGUAGCUACCAACAUCAUUCUACAACUUCUCACUUGUGCUGGUGUGCCUAAUGUUGGUGAUGGUACCAUGAGGCAUUCUGCUUUUGGGGAAAUACAAAUGGAGCUUCCCUUGCCCAAGAGACUUCCAUUGUCUCAAGUAGCCAUCUUGCAGGGGUGUCUGGCAACUGCUGGAGAAAGUAUAGUUCUUUCCAAAACUGCCUGUUGUCAGGAUAAGGAUCUUAAGGCAGUCAGUGAAACAUUCCUUGUAGGAGUUUUGUUUGAUAUUGUCUACAAGCUCUGUACCAAUGAAAAGGUCCCUGUCAUACAUUACCUUGCAUUUGAAGUUUUGAAGGAUUGGUUCAGCUACAUCAAGAGGCAUGCGAAAUCAUUAUUCAUUGAAGAUGCUCCAGUAUUAUUUUCCAUUGAUUCAUCCAUCACAUCUCAAGUGCUGACACUUGUAUGGGGAAGCUUGGAAGAUCCUGUGGAGGGAGUUUCUGUGUCAUCAAGACAAGUUUUCAAGCUGUUACUUGAAGUUCACUACAUGGAACAUCAUGCCAAUACACCUCGGCCACGAAAGGAGUUCUACCAGUCAUUGGUAACCCGUGUGGUGGAGGGGGUUCCUUGGCACGUGAAGACAAAGUACGGAUUGUUGUGCGAUCUUCUGCCAUAUAUUGGUCUUCAGAAGUUCAUGGAGGACCAGCCACGUGUCUUGGAUGAGAUGGUACAGUGUUUGUCAACGAAUCAGCUUUCUGCAGCUAGCACGGAACUGCUCAAGACUCUACUGCUGAUGUCGAGAGUUCUUCAAAAAGAAUCAGAUCUCUUCAAGGUCGCGUUUGAGAGGAAGUGGCAGAACUUGCUUCUCCAGUCCCUCACUAGUGACCAAAGGAUGUCGGAGCAGCACGCGCGGGUCUACUGGUUGCCGUGUGCACUCAGAAGCUGCCCCGACUCCUUGACAAACAUCCUACAACAGCUAUCGUGUAAUGAGGACUCCACUAUGAACACGCCCAGACUCCUGGCGUACCUGUGUGUAUUGAAGACCGCUCGCAGUCUUGGUAUUGCACAGACGCAGGUUAUGGACGAGAGUAUGUUGCGCAGUGCUCUAUCGCAUGGUCAAGACGAGAUUCGCUCAGAGGCACUUGGUGUUAUUUGCAGUACGCACAAAACUGCAGAACCCCUAUCAACAUUGGAGGACCGGCUUCUUCGUGGCUUCCUUCUCCAUAACCUCAACAUCGCAAACCCCGCAUUCAGACAAGACGUGUCUGUAGGCCUCAGAAAGAUCCUGACGCGAGUAAGGGACAGUAGUUUGUCUCUCCUUCGCAAGAGCUGCCCGAAGUUGUUUAACAAGAAGACACCGAGUGGUUGUGCGCAUGUACCGAUAGAUGUACCCUCUGACGUACAGCAGGCGCUUCAGCUUGUUGGGUGGAUCAGCGGUCUUUCCGUGAGGUCACUAGUACCGGGGUCUGGCUACCAAAGGCAAAAGACUUGUCUCGAGCUGAUAGCCGUUCUGUUACAAACAUUCGAUGCUGAGUGGGACCCCGAUAAAAAGAAAGGCCGGCCUCCAGAGAUUAGCAAAACUCUGGUUAGUCUGGCAAAAACAAAAAACUUCUUCAACCUUACAUCUUCCAGGAAUACAAUGGCCCUGAUUGGCUGCCUGGAAAGUGCCCACAGUGACAUUCGCGAAGCCUCAUUGGAUCUUCUCCAAGAGCACUUCCCAUCUCCCUUCAAUCCCCCGGAUAAUACAGACGUCAAUGGUUACGCCACCAGGCUGAUGCGUAUCGCCGCUGACCUGAUGCUCAGCGCGAGGAUGCAAGAAUGCGAAAGCGGGAGCGCUCUAUGCCAGUUACUGUUUGAAAAAUACGUGAUUGAACUAAACUGGCAACUAUCAGACGUGUUCAGAUCGUGUCAGCCUCAUCUUGAUACCGAGGCUAUAGAACCAGGUGCCACAAAUAACGACUGUGCUCUCCCCCCUGAGGCGAGAUUAUGUAUCGAGUUUCUCGUAGAGCUACUGGCAGAAGCAAAGAGGCAGUUCUCGUUUGCAAAGUGUAACUUGGUCCACGCAUCCCAGAAUGCCUCUCUUCAUGGCGUUCUUCUCGGCCUGAGUCGGUGUAUCGUUUCCGUCUUGGACGGCAUAUCACGUGGUCGUACCGCCAUGUUUCGUAGUCAUGCAUUUAUGACGUCAUUCAACGCGUUAGUAGGCGAAUCGCUCCACGUGGCCAGCGGUAUCACCCAGUUCAUGCUCAGUUUCAUAUCAAGAAAGAGCGACUCCCAGGCAGCCAGGCCUUUAUUUUUCGCGCUAGAAGUGUGCGGUGCAUCAUUUGCCGGGAUGAAGCAGGCCGUAGAUGACGCUCUCAUUGGUGUUGAUGAUUCUUAUGACGGCAGCAGUUCACUGAGGCAUCAGAGAGAGCUCGUUAUGUCAUGUUGCUUCAGUAACAUCAAGGCUGGCUCAAGCCUGUUGUCUAGUGUAGCGGAGCGUGUCGCUGUGAUGGAUGAAUCUCACGCUGACCCUUCCUCGCACUCCUUAGCGCUCAUAUCACCUGAUGAUAUGACACUUAUCGCUGACACGCUCAUGAAGAUUUGCACUCAAUGCAGGCACUGGGGCAUCCUCUUGAGCUGUAAGGCAAGCCUUCUCCAGGUUUGUCGACUGCUGACAAACUCAACCAUGCCAUCAAUCCAGACAUUACCGAGGACCUGGCUGGAUCACGUGAUUGCUGCCAUAGCAACAGACAAGGCUGGCUCAUCGGUGACACGACGAAGCGCCGGGCUACCUGUGCUCACUGCGACCGUCCUUGCUUGUGAAUCGCCCGCGAGCAGGCUCCCCCUUGUUCAGCGGUGCAUCGAGACGCUAAUUGAUCUCGCUUACUCUCCCCUCCCUGACGUCAUAGACGAGACUACAGACCUCCCCCAGGUACACGCCAUCAACAUCCUGCGCGCGCUCUACCAAGACACGAGCCUGUCUGCCGAGGUGCUCAUGUUUGCCGCGCGUGGCGUCAUUCUCGCUAUCACGGGUUUCCUGUCUCCCUCGUGGGCCGUGCGGAAUGCCGCUACCCAGCUUUUUGGGUCUUUGGUUCUUCGUAUCUUCGGCCAUAAGCAAGGGCAACAGGACGACAGUCAGUUUAACUCUAUCAGCGCACGAGAUUUUUUCACUCGUUUCCCCUCCCUGCGUCAGUUCUUCUUGCGGCAGUUACGAGCGACUGCGUCGCCAUCAUCCAGCGGCUCACUAGACAUCACUCAUGCCUGUCACGCAACUCGCUUGGGCCCUGAGCUUUUUCCGAUAUUGUCCAUGUUGUCGAAACUACGAUCUGCUAGGACAGUCGAGGAAGAAAGUCUUCUUGUAGAGUUUAUCCCCUUGCUGAAACCAAUGUCCUCGAGCCCAGUCUACGCUGUGCGCUCCUUGGCUGCGCAGGCCUUGGUACCGUUUGUACCCAUAAAUGGAGUGGUAGAGAUGAUUGCUGAGCUUCUGAACUCUCUGCCCGUCCCUCCGCAGGCUAUUUCCCAAAAUGCCAUUCAUGGAACACUUCUUCAGGUUCGCAAACUCGCAUCGGCUUCACGUGAGUCUUCUGUUCUCCGUGGGGCUUACUGUGUCGUUCAUGCUCUGCGUAAACACGAAUGGCUUGGGACUGCGCAUAACGCAUGCGCCGUAACAAGGGAAGAAUACUUGCGCAUCGUCAUGGAGAUAAUACCGCUGGUCACCCUACAAGCUUGUGACGCAGCCGACCUCGUGCAAGACCUCGCCCCUCCGAUGUCACGUGGUAUAAUUCCUGGAAAUCCUAAUCUCCAGCAUGAACUUGCUAGGAUUAACAUUUGUUUGCUGUUUGAUCUCUUCUGGGCACAAGGGCAGCUAAGCAGUGAAGAAAUAACAAGAAGAACAAAAGUUCUGUUGGCAACACCCGACAUCGAUUCAAAGAUUGCCAUCUUGGAAUAUCUCCGCACAAAUCUUGACCUAGAAGGUUCAAUAAAAGGCCCUCUAGCAGUGGAAAUAGCAUCGCUUAUCGUUCACGAGGAAAGCCAGCAAUGUCUUUUGGUUGAGCUGGACGUUUUUACCGCCUUGAAUACCGACGAGUGUCAUGUUCCUGAUUCCAUGGCAAGGGCUGUAUGGAAGACUUGUAUAUCUCACUCUAACACCCCAAAAUCCAUCGCCGUUUCUUCCCGGAGUAUACCAGUGUGCAGUAUUUUGUUAAGAAGGGAACUUAGCCAUUGUCAUGGUAACCCAUGCGACAGAAUGGUCUGUGAAUGGUCCGAGCAAAUUGCCCGGGCCUGCCCACCGGACUGUCCGGAGCCAAUGCGCAUGGGCGCGGCUAGGGGACUGGAGAUUGUGGGUCAGGCUGUACUGAAGGUUGGAGUUUCUAGAGAUGAGACUGGGAACCAAAGACUUUUGGACGCUUGUGUUAGUGUGUUCAGAGCUGGUGUGAUGCUGAUGGAAGAUGAGGAGGAAGACAUACGAACAAUUGCCGGACAAUUCAGCGCACAACUCGCACACUCAUCGCCCAUAGCAACGCCCUCAAGUAUCAACAGUUCUGUCGCCAUGGAGACAAUUUUCGACUUUAUGGCUAACAAUUUUUGGUGGUGUCAAUCGCUUUGGGUAACUAUGGAGACCAUGGUGGCUGGCACUCGGAGGGCGGCAGUUGAGAUAGAAGAAUACAAGAAGUCGAGACCCGCUCUGUUCGAGUCAGAAGACACUAAUCAAUAUGCCGAACCAUUUGUUACCGCGCAACUCGCGAACUUUCAUCUCAAGGUGAUUACAGACCUCAUAAACGUCAAAGGGAAGAGUGACAUCAUUUCCCUAUUCUCUGAUUGGCUGGCCGGUAUCGGCGAGAAGCUUUUGUCUGACGUCACUUCCGCCCGUACUUCUGCGUGAAGAUGAAGCAAUUUUCUCGACACCUGCGUUUCGAAAGAACGAAGAUCUUAUCUUGCUUGAAGAUAGCAGAGACGUCUCUAGUCUGGACAAAUCUGCACUGCAAUCAGAGCUUCACCGACUAGGAAUGAAGACAUCGGGGAACAAACCUUCACUCAACGAUCUCAAACAGGCGAUUCUCAAGUCCCGCCAAAAAACAACAAUAGCGCCCGACCUUCCCUCUUCUUCUUCUUCCUCCUCAACUACUCAAGUCAAGCCUGUCGACUACAUCGACCUCGAAGAUAAGUCUACCUGCUCUUGCCAACUCAUCGUUGCUAAUCUUAAAUCUCAAACUGACGAAAUCAAAGCAAUAAUUGAACCCCGAAAUAUUGAAAACUCUACUCAACAGACCCAAACUUUGGUCGAACUUCGAGAGGAAAACAACAAACUCCGAGCUCAUCUUUCUUCCAUCCAGAGCGAAAUAUCCACUGUCAUAGAAGAAAGAGAUUCACUAAAGCUUGCUCUUCUGAUUCUAGCCAAAGAUCUGCACAGCUCUCCAGAUCCCGAUCGUCGGGCUACCAUUAACCGACCACCGAGCAAUACCGUUGACAGCCAUCAUUUAAUCAACCAAGUGACCGAAGUACCAACACCGGCAAAUUAUAGCGGAUCUAAAACUCAGGGUAAAAAGAAGUCCAAGAAGAACAAGAAGUCUAAUCAACUACAGACUCCAACGGACGAUAAUAGUCCUGACCAACGACCGGUUCCAUCACAGCCUGAGCGCGACCGACGGCGUAAGGUUGUUAUAGCCGGCGAUUCUAUGGUCAAGUUCGUCAAGGGCUGGGAACUAUCUAACUCUGACCAGAAAGUGUCUGUAAUGCCAUUUCCAGGAGCGAAAGUAUCCGCGAUGGAUCACUGUAUCAAACCGAUUGCCGAGGUAAAAACCCGACAAACUUAUAUUACAUGUUGGAACCAACGACUUGAGGUCUCUCGAGCCUCAGCAAAUUGCUGACUCCGUUACGGAUAUUGGCCACGAAGUUCUAAACACAAGCCCUAGCACUGAUGUUAUUAUCUCUGCAAUAAUUCACCGAUUCCCCAGAACUAUAGUCAAUAGAUCAUUUAAGAAUUUCAAUGAAACCAGUCUCCUUAAUGAACUCAAAAACAAAGAAUGGAAUGACAUCGCACCGUUGACUGAUCCUAAUGACACGUGGGAAAAAUGGAGAACCCUUUUCAUUAGCUGCCUCGAUAAACACGCUCCACUCCGCCGUAAAAGAACAGGGGAAAAAAGUUCUCCUUGGAUUGACUACGAUCUAAUUAGGAAAAUUUACAAACGUGAUUUUCUUAAAAGGAAGGCAGAACAACACGGAGAUUAAACUAGUUGGAGUCAAUACAAAAAA